UCUGGUCCUAUUUCUAUGACAACACUAUUUUCCCAGCUGCCCACUCUCUGCCGCCACCACUUUGCUGCACAUGACCUGCGCUUUGCCCAUCGAUAAGUUGAAUAAUGCCGCUGAUGACGGCGUCAACGCAACUAGCAUUCACAUUACCAUUUUCCCACGCUUUUCACGUUUGCAUUCCACCGUUCAUACGCAUUUCGCGUCCUCUUGAUCACCAAAUCUAAUAUGCAGUAUUCAAAAUCACCAUCGUUUAUCACGCCAAGAUAAAAGCUGAUCUCAUCUUCGUUUUGGGUUCCCCCGCUUUGUGUAGCAAGCAGCAGCGCUUCAAUUCAAUUCAGUUCAAUUUCUUUUCUUUCGCCCAAUUCGAAUUUCGGUGGUUUUUAUUCUAAACCCUUCAUUUUAUUUUUUAUUUUUCACAUUUGCUCUCUUUUGCACCCAAGGAAUAAAGAGAUCUUUGCAAUGUUUGCCAAUCCGCUCGCUCGCAAUUUGAAGAGCAUGGCUGCUCCGGCAAAGCUUAUCAAGCGCGGCAAGGCCGACAUUACGAUCCGCAAGACCACUGGUCAGACAAUGGUUGGGCGCGGCACGUACGGGCGCCAAUCGUGGAAUGGACAGACUGCCACGGUGUUUGGCUGCAGCGGGUUCCUCGGCCGAUAUGUGGUUGCGCGCCUCGCGCGCCAGGGCACCAAGGUCAUUAUCCCAUACCGCGGGCUGUACGAGUACGUCCGCCACCUGCGGCCCACCGGAGAUCUAGGCAUGGUUGUGCCGAUGGAGUUUGACGUCCGCAACCCCAAGCAGAUUGAGGAGUGCGUGCGCUACUCGGACGUUGUCAUUAACCUGAUUGGUCGCAACUACGAGACAAAGAACUUCUCCUUUGACCAGGUCCACGUCGAGGGCGCCCAGCGCAUCGCUGAGAUCUCGCGCGAGGCUGGCGUUUCGCGGCUUAUUCACGUCUCCAACAUCGGCGCGCGGACCAACGCGCACUCUGACGUGCUGGUCAGCAAGGCUUUUGGCGAGCAGCGUGUGCGUGAGAGCUUCCCUGGCGCCAACAUCGUGCGCUCUGCCACCAUGUAUGGCUACGAAGACGAGCUGCUGAACAACAUCGGCAUGUACAAGCACUUUUACAUGACCGUCAACGGAGCCCAGCAGAAGCUGCGCCCUGUGUGCGUCUCGGACGUUGCCCAUGCUAUUGACAUCAUCCGUGACAACGAAGACACUGUUGGCCAGACCUUUGAGCUGUUUAACCCGAAGGAGUACUCGCGCAAGGAUAUUAUUGAGCUCGUGCAGUUUUUGCUUCAUGAGAAGGUCUGGCAGGUCAACGUCCCGACCAAUCUGCUGCGCCUGGCCGCAAAGGUUGCCGACAUGAUGCCCUUCCACUACACCAGCCACCACGAGGUCGACCUAAUGUCCGUCAACGAAGUCCCCACUGUUAACGACCCUGCCAUCCAGACCUUUGCCGAUUUGGGAGUCGAGCCCCACACUCUGGAACUCGCCGCCCUUCAGUACAUCCGCCACUAUCGCCCGCCGCAGCACGAGGAGGAAAACAUGGAACCCAAGGGAUACAAGGCCUUCCGGAAGUUGUCUGUGCCCAUCAACAACAAGGAUAUUGUCGCCUAGAUCUUUAAGCAGCGAAAGUGCCCACCCGCAUUGCCGCUGCUAGUGCUGCCAGCGCCGGCUCUGCAUUUUCGUACCUGGCACCAUUUGCGAUUAUCCAAGUCGCGCGUCGGCCUGUCCUACUCUACUACACUUGCCUCUUUACUUUCUUUGUUCUUUACACAUGCCUCUUUUGUCUCAAAUAAAAUAGUUAUAUAUAUAUAA